CCGCCCCCCAGCUCCGCGCCCUCUGGCCGCUUGGACAGUCCGCGCCAGGUGAUGCGAGGUCGUGUGCCGCCUCCUCGUUGAGCUCCGCCGCAGGUUCCGCCCAUCUCCCUGGACCGCGGGCUGCAGUCGGUCCCCCUGGCCAGGACACCCCUUGGAGACUCCCCCUGAAAGCACCCCUCCCCUCACUGUCCGCAGGGUCCUGCCCUACAGUGAGCCCGGCGAGGCUGCCACGCCCCCAGCCACGUCAGCUCCCCACCCAGCAUGGAGCCCCAGGACCCCUGUGUGCAGUACAGCAGGUGGGAUGAGGUCAGUGUGGGGGCUGCGUCCAGCCCGGAAGAGGCCCCCUGCUGCGAGAGGCUCUCCCGGAAGCUGUGCUCGGGCCGGCUGGGGGUCACCAUGAGGAUGCUGGGAGGAGUGGCCCUCUUCUGGGUCAUCUUCAUCUUGGGCUACGUGGCCGGCUACCUAGUCCACAAGUGCAAAUAGUGCCGCCGGGGCCACGGCCAUGGCCACGGGCACAGGCCGGGGGCCUUCAUGCAGACCCCCCAACACAUAUCCUAUACAGACUCCCCCAUACAGGCAUCUGUACAGGCUCCCCCCUUAUACACCCCCCCAUAGGCCCUCCCAUGUACAUGCCAUCUGUAUACAGACCCUCCCACAAACAUGCAUCUGUAUGGACUCCCCCCAUAAACACGCAUCCCCCUAUAGACCCUCCUAUACACAUGCGUCUGUAUACGGACCCACACACAUGCAUCUGUACAGAUUCCCCCAUAUACACGCAUCCCUAUAUAGAUUCCCCCAACACACAUCCUAUAGACUCUCCCCACAGACAUGCAUCUAUAUACUGGCCCCUACAUACAUGCACCCCUAUACAGACCCCCACAUACACGCAUCU